CUCACCGAUACUCAAAGGUAUGUUAAUCUCUCUUUCUUAAAUGGCAGCUUCCUCUACUUUACACUUCCUUUCUCGUCUCCGCUUCAUUUCUAAACCCCAAUCUUUCCCUCUUCCAUCACCUUAUUCAAUCCCAUUCAAUUUCUCUUUCAUCCCCAAAUCAAAGAAACCGCAUCGAUUUCGAUUUUUCUCGAUGGCUGCUUCGGAAUCGAAGGAAUCACCGGCUAACAACCCCGGUCUUCAUACGACUAUUGAUGAAGCUACUAAGGGUUACUUUAUGCAACAAACUAUGUUUAGAAUUAAAGACCCCAAAGUUAGCCUUGAUUUUUAUUCUCGCGUUUUGGGCAUGUCUUUGCUUAAGAGAUUGGAUUUUCCUGAGAUGAAGUUCAGCUUAUACUUUAUGGGGUAUGAGGAUACAACAGAAGCUCCAAGUAACCCUGUGGAUAGAACAGUUUGGACCUUUGCUCAAAAGGCUACAAUUGAAUUGACCCAUAAUUGGGGCACUGAAAGUGAUCCAGAGUUCAAAGGGUACCACAAUGGCAAUUCUGAUCCUCGUGGCUUUGGACACAUUGGCAUAACUGUUGAUGACACCUACAAAGCAUGUGAAAGAUUUCAGAAUCUUGGAGUCGAGUUUGUUAAGAAACCAGAUGAUGGGAAAAUGAAAGGGAUUGCAUUUAUUAAGGAUCCCGAUGGUUACUGGAUUGAACUCUUUGACCGGAAAACAAUUGGAAAUGUAACAGAAGGUAAUGCUUGAGAUAAAACCUUCAGGUAGACACCAUGGUAUCCAAUUCUCUUGUCUUAUUUACUUAUUCAUGUUUAGCGCCCUGUAUGUAAUUUUGUCCUUACAUUAUAUUCUCUCAUAUAAAGUUUUGGAUGGUGUAAAAUUUGUGUUUAUUUGGACGUAUAAAUGCAAAGUUAUGUUGGAGGUGAGAAAAGUUUCUCCCAUUAUUUUGACAGUACA